AUGCAGGGCAUUCUGCUUCUGCCAAAUCUACAUCUUCCUCCAGCUCCACUGCCCCAUUGUGAUAGAUCGGCAUACAAGAAGGUACAGUUUUGGACAGAAAAGGAGUACAAGGACUGGAAGGCCACUGCGGAGGGACAAGCUGUAAUGUCUAAAUCACAGACAGCAUACCUAGAAGACAAGGAUGGCAAGCAGCUACCCAAGAAGCACGUCAGCAAAAUUCUCUUGACAAUGUGCGAGAUCUGGCACAACCUCUGCUGCCAAGGCCAGAUCGAUGCCAACAUGACAUGGACAUCAAUGCCAUUAUCCAUCAAGAAAAUAUUUCGUACUGAAAUUGCUGGUGCACAUGGCAAGCUUGCCCUUUGCAAAGACUCAUGGAAAGCUGAUAACCUAGCCAAGCAGUACUAUGUGUCAUGCAAACAGACUUGGUUCACGAAUAAGGACAAGAAGUCUAUUCCCAGCAAGUGCAAAGCAGAUGCAAAGUUGGAGACAAUUGAUGUCGACAACAAGCAUACCAAAGUCAAUGCAGGUUUACCCAAAGACAUUUCCUUUGAUGUGGAAAUCAGUCCUUUAUCUGUGUCACUGUUGGCUGGUGUUUCUUCAGAUUUUUUGGAGGCAUCUACCAGUACUUUGAACCCCAAGUCAAACCAUAGUGCCUUUUUCGAGCUGAAAGCCCAAGGAGCUCGCCCUUUGCCUAAGAUAAAGCUGAAAAACAUUCUGUUGUCUGUGCCAUUGAACCACUUGGGCCUCCCACUGUCAGCACCAGCUACUGCCAACAUCCCCAACACGGCACCUGUUCAAUCUCCCCUGCAGACUUCCCCAGCCAAGCAUGUUGGCUCAUCUGUAUCUCAAAUGGUCACUCCAGCAGUCACUCCAACAAGUGCUGGCUUGUCCAUAUCUAUUGCUCCAACAGUCACUCCAAUGAGUGAAUCAGUUUGCCCCCCUCCACAGACUUCCCCUGCAGAGGCCAGUGGCACUGCUGAUGUCACUAACACCAUAACUGUUCUGCCCCCUUCACAGCCUUCGUCCACAGUUACUGGUGACCUGACAUCAACAGCUUCCGAGACACUCGGACCAAGCAAGAAGAAGGCUUGGCACCCCAGGUCAAACAAAAGCACAUGGACACUGUGUGCCCACCGGUGGCUCAAGACGGUUUCUCUGAACAGCACACAGGAGGAGUUCAAUACAUAUUACAAUCAACUUCCUACAGAGACAAAGGAGAAAUACAAAGAGGAAUACAGGAAACUCAUAUGUCAAAUUCACUCCCAAUACCACAAUUGCACACUGCCAACACACCACUUCAGGUUGACACCAGUGUUUGGACAAAUAGCACUGCAGAGACAAUUGUGA